AUCUUUUUCAUGAUAACUUUGGACAUGCCAUCUGAAGCUAAAUACGGGGUUAAUUUCCCAAAUUUGUCAUUCACUCAGCGAUACAACAGAUAUAGCGAAAUUUGCCGAAAACAAAUACAGAAUCACCUUGUUAAUUUGGAGGCUGAAGCUGAAAAUUAAUGUCGUCCAAGGAGAAGGCGCCCUCUAAUGAAACAAGUAGCUGCAACUACAAUGCUCCACAGACAAUCAUUUCAGUACAAGACGGGGACCUCAAUCUGAGCAGUGUUGAUUUAGAGAACCUCAAGUCAUUAGAUGAAUCCUUGGAAGCUGAUCAAACUGAAGCCACAGCCAAACCAUUAAUACAAAGAGUUCCAUCUAUGCUAGGUGGGAACAAAGAUUUCAAGAAGUAUUUCAAGCCAAAGGUGAUUGCAAUUGGCCCCCUCCACCACGAUGAUCCCAGUCUCCAGGGAGCAGAGAAACUCAAGCUUAAAUUGGCAGCACAUUUCAUAAAAAAGCAUGGUGUGGAAAAGGAAAUUUUAUAUAGCAAGAUUAAGAUGGAGUUAGCGAACCUGAAGAAAUGCUAUGACCCAAAGGAAAUAGAGCGAUAUUGUGAUGAUAAUGAUGAGAAGCUGACUUGGAUGUUCUUCCUAGACGGGUGUGCAGUUCUACAAGCAAUUUAUCUAAACUAUGCUCCUUGUGUAGAUGUUAAAGAGGGUACAUCGAAUGAAAUGAAUAUUAAAAAUGAUUUGCUAACAUUUGUGUACCUAGAUUUUUUCCUAUUGGAAAACCAACUACCCUAUCGCGUUCUUGAAUUGUUGACAACCUCAAGCAACCAGGGGGAAAUGUUUAAGGAAUCAAUCAAAAGGUUCAUUGAUGGUAAUGUUAUGACACCAGCAGAGAUGAAGAAAGAGCAGGAGCAACAACAGCAAGGAAAGCAGCAGAAACAUCAGCAGCAACGAGAACCUGCUCAUUUUCUGGAACUUCUUAGAGCAAGACUGCUAGUCACAACAGAAGAGAAGAAAAGCUGGGGGUGCGACCGGCUUUUCAGAUAUAUAGGAAAAAGAAUGAUAAGUCAUCAUUCGCAUACAUUUCGUAACGUCAAGGAGCUCAGAGAAGCAGGGAUAUGGUUGAGACCUAGUGAGACCAGCUGCCUCAAGGACAUUAGUUUCAACCGCCUGUGCUUUGUGGGAAAACUAAGGCUCCCUCCUAUCACCGUGGACGACUCAACAGGGCCCAAGUUCAUGAACUUGAUAGCUUACGAAAUGUGCCCAGAUUUUGACAAUGACUUCGCUGUCACCUCUUACAUAUGCUUCCUUGAUUCUUUGAUUGAUGAAGCAGAAGAUGUUAAGGCGUUGAGAGAUGCAGGCAUACUCCACAAUGGGCUAGGAAGUGAUGAAGAGGUGGCUAAACUUUUCAACAAGAUGAACACAGACUUAGUGCCCAGUCCAAGUAUCUACUCUGAAGUGAAAACGCAAAUCCAGAAUCAUUGCAGGAACGUGUGGAUCACCUAUGCAGCUCAAGCCUAUCACACCCAUUUUAGAAGCCCUUGGACUUUCCUAGCAUUUGUGGGGGCUAUCGCAGCACUUUUUCUUAGUGCUAUUCAGACUUAUUACACCGUUCAUCCAAAAAACUGAGACUUUGUUUACUUGUUUUAACUUAAUAAAGCUAAUUACUUGCGUGCAAAUCCUGUGGCUUCCUUUCCCCCAAUUCUUUAUAUAUGAAAAACAUAAAAUUCUUGGGUGGGUUAUU